AUGAAUGCAGGGGAUGUGGAAAGCAGGAGCCUUGCUGGUGGCCCAUCGCCAUCAAAGCUCUCAAAAGGCAAGAAGGUGCAGAUUUUGCAGGAACUGUGUCAAGAUACCAGAGAAAAGCCUACCAUCUCAGUAGAUACAAUCCGGAAUGUCUUUGACGACCAGAUGGAAGAAAUGCACGGCCUCUUCGUGCAGCAUUUCCAGAAGAACAAGCGAAUGCUCGACAAGUUGGAAGAAGCUCAGAAGAUGAGGGACCUCGAGUUGGGGGAGCUCCGGAACCAGCUUCUUGCGCAGAGCCCAACUCGUGGGCAGGCGAGCAAGAUAAAUGGGUUGAAUGUGGCUCAGCUGGAGACGGCGAAGAAGCUGCUCGUCCAGCGUGAUGCGGCUUGUCGACUGGCCGAGCAGGAAAACUUUCAGCUCAGAGAGCAGCUAGCUGCAAUGCAGGCGGCUGGCAACCAAAGCUCUAUCAUUUUGAAGAGCACAGGAAGUGGUGGUAUAGUGAAGGCCCCUGAUCCAGUGUCUCCAUCACCACCUGCCAUUGCAGAUGCUGUCCUGAAUCGAGUCGAGAGGGCGCAAACCAUCUUAGAAACUUGGGCCAAUCAUCACCACCCGAGGAUCAAGGCCCCGGAGUAUGUGGAUUCAGAUGAUGAAGAUCUUGAUCUUCCGGGCACUGUGCCACAUCGCAGAGGUGAGAGCAAGGCUCCAGUAGAUGAUAGAGAGGAGGUGGAAGAGGAUGAACCGGUGGACCCCAAAGCCGAGUACCUGAAACAAACUCAAAAGCAAAGAAAGAGGAAGGCUUUGAACAGCAAACUUCGGGCUCUUGACAUGAAGUCUCGAAUGCGGGAUGCAUUUGCUGAGCCAUCUUAUAUUGCUACUGAGCACUAUCACAAGACCGGCUGGGCGCAACACAUCGCAAGAUCAUAUUGGUUUGAGCAUACUACAAUGCUAGUAAUUCUUCUCAAUUCUGUUUGGCUGGGCAUUGAUUCCACCAUCAACCGGCAAGCCUUGUUAAUCGCUGCGGAUCCGAGCAUCAUCGUCAUCGAGAACUUGCUUUGCUUGGCAUUCACCGUGGAGAUCAUCAUCCGCUUUCUAGCCUUCAAGUCAAAGAUUCAGGCAUUCAAGGACUUCUGGUUUGUCUUUGACUUCCUCCUUGCCUUUUUCAUGGUGCUGGAGACGUGGGUCAUUGCUUUGGUUGUAAUGCUGACAGGGGAGGAAUUUCUCCUGAUCAACACCUCAGUUCUUAGGAUGAUGCGCCUCCUCCGGCUCACGCGUGUGGCACGGAUUGCUCGGCUCUUGCGCUUUCUGCCAGAAGUCAUGAUACUGGUCCGGGCAAUUGGUGCAGCUACACGGUCAGUUGUUCUUACAGUGCUGUUGGGAUUGAUGAUUGUUUAUGUCUUUGCUAUUGCUUUCACGCAAGUGGCUGUGGACACAGACGCCGGUAAGGAAUAUUUUCACACUUUACCAGCUGCCAUGUUCAGUUUGGUGUUUUAUGGCUGCUUCAACAACAACAUGGUUGAGAUGGCGCGCCUGUGCUUUCAGGACGAUUUGGUGGUCAGCUUUCUCUUUGCGGGCUUUUUGCUGAUCGCACCGCUCACAGUGAUGAACCUUCUUCUCGGCGUAUUGGUUGAGGUGGUCCGCGUGGUGGCCACGGCUGAGCAGGAGGGUCGUGUGGUGCGCAACUUGAAAGAAGAACUGCACUAUGCCAAAGAGGCCAUGGGUGCCGACGAUGACACCAUCAGCCAGGAGGAAUUCAUCCAGUUGCUGCAGAAUGACCAAGCUAUCGAUGUCCUUCAGGAUGUCGGCGUUGACCUCGUCGCACUGGUGAAGGAUCCAAACAUCAUUUUUGAUGGUGAGCCCUACAUGGCUUUCCAGGAUUUCUUGGAUGAGAUCCUACUCCUUCGUGGCUCAAACUCCGCCACGGUCAAGGACACCGAGAAAACCUCCAGUUGGGCACUUCCAACAGGGAACUUCACCGCACAGCCAAGUCGGAUCGAGUUCGUGGAAGAACGCAACAACAUGACUGCAUUCCAUAGGAUGCCCCGUGAUACCUGGCGCAGAGGUCUUGUCCAACAAGCUCGAGGGGCCGUGGAAGAGGUCCUGCCUAUUGGCCCCUUUUGUCCCUUCACAUCACCAAGUCUUAGAACCCUUUGCACUGAACCAGAGCAGAGGCAGAAGCUGGAGACGAUCCUGAGUCGAAUCGAUGAGCUAGCGGAGACCACCGCUGAACCACAUGAAUACCUCCGUUUGGGCGGGGAACUUCGGGACGCUGACUCAGUGUGGCGUGGAAACCUCUUGCACAUGCGGCACUCGGCGGAUUUCCAGACGCAGGAGUUAUACGAGUUCACUGAGGCUCAUCUGGAGAAGCUCGGAGUGUCCAUUGUUGAGGUGGAGCGCUUUGCAAUAUGGCAAGCUGAUGCCUUGGAAGCCAUGGGUCGAAGCCGACCCGUCCCAGGGCCAGAAGUGGAUCCGGCAUCCGAGAAGGCACAACACCUCCGUGGCUUGUUGGAUUCCUUCCGCUUCGGUCAAACGCAGACUCUGACUAUGGAUUUUGCCUCACGUGACGAUCUGGAAGCACCACUGGUGGCAGAUGAGCUGCAAAAUCUUCAGAAAGACCACGGCUCCUUAAUUCUGAUGGGGGAAGGCUAUGGCAAGUUUGACUCUGCUGGCAAGAGCAUUCUCCUGGACAAGCUGAAGGAUGUGGCAGAGAGGUGGCAGGUGUACUUGGCACGGCUCCGGCUAAUGGGAGAGCCUGAACCACCUUUCAUGGACAGCAGCCGCAAACUCCUCCAGCGAUGGGGUAUUGGAGCAUCAGACGCGCAGGCGUUACUAGGAGAAGCUCAUGCCCGACUCCGACAGAAGGCCAAGGGCUGA